AUGAAUUUGCAAUCCUUGUCUGUUCUGGAUUUGGAUAACAAUAACUUCAGUGGUGUCCUUCCUGUCUCCAUGGGAACUUUGACUUUUCUCGAGUCCCUUCAUCUUCGCAAGAACAGCCUCUCUGGAGCAGUCCCUUUAUCUCUUACAAAUUGCACAAAGUUACAGGUACUUGAUUUUGGUGAAAAUCAGUUGGUUGGAAAUCUUUCAACAUGGAUUGGGAAUUCUUUCUCAGAUAUGGUGAUUCUCAACCUGCAUUCGAAUAAUUUCCAUGGACUUUUUCCCGCUGAACUUUGCCAUCUUGUGAAUUUACAAAUCCCGGACCUUGCUUCCAACAACCUUUCUGGAACAAUACCGAGCUGCAUCAGCAACAUCAGUGCCCUGGUGACAAUAAACUUCACUGGAAUCAGCAACAGAAUUGUAUGUUCAGAUGUUGAAUCAGAAGAUUUUGUUGAAGAUACAUCUGUUGUGGUAAAAGGGCGUAUGUUGGAAUAUCACACCUCUCUUAAUCUGGCAAGACUUGUCGACCUCUCUCAUAAUAGUUUCUCAGGCGAGAUACCUGAAAAAGUGACAAAUCUGGGAGCAUUACAAACACUUAAUUUGUCACACAAUUCUUUUACAGGAACAAGUCCUGAGAAUAUUGGUCACAUGAGAUCAAUAGAGACACUUGAUUUAUCUGCAAACUAUCUUUUUGGUGAAAUCCCAGAGAGUAUGUCAAAUUUGACAACUUUGAGUAGCUUGAACUUAUCCAACAACAAUUUGAUUGAGAAAAUUCCUUAA